ACCCACCCGCCAUUCUCCUGCUGUUUCUUCUCUCCCCUUUCGGAUAGAAAAACAAAAGAAAAACUCUCCUCCGGACGUUUAAGCCACCCUUUCUUUCUCCUUCCCCUCCCUCCUCUCCUCCUAUCGCCCUUUGGCUCGUUUCCCCCCAGCACAAAUCGACACGGCUUUCGUUGGUCUCUCCGCUGUGCGUUGUGCCGAUUUUGCUCCCCCUCUCGAACUCCCGUGCUCGCUGUGCCUCCAAAAAUAGACCCGCUGGCGUCACAUUCCGACCUGCCGAAUCCGCAACAACGCCCUGAACACCUCCAACAUCAACAGCAGCAGAACCCUCUCCACCAGAGCCACCCAGCCCCACAGGAAAUACUCUGCACCGUCACCUCCCUUCUCUGGGAUUCUAGGUUUACCUCCGCUAGGCGUCAGCACUUCCCGCCCAAACGCUUGGACUUCGCCUCACCCUUUGGCCCGCUAACCCCCGCUUCAGAGAGUAGCAGGGAGGACACGGAAGACGAGGAAGGGGAUUCGGUUUUUUCGGAGGCAGAGUCGGGAACGGACCGAGAAGAUUGCGAGGAAAGGUUUCGAGAGAGUAGAAGGACUGCUCCGGAGCAGAAGGGCCCCAGUGCACCCGUUGGAGAAGUAACUAUGGACCAAACUGGUAAACGUCAUCCGAGCUCUUUCCAGCAGCUGGAGAAACUGGGCGAGGGGACGUAUGCGACGGUAGGAUCUGCGCUUUCAUGUUUGUCUUUGUGUUCUUGCUGUAUCACGAGAUUUUCGGACGAAACUAAUCGGGCACCCACGCUCCCAGGUAUUCAAGGGAAGGAACCGGCAGACCGGAGAGUUGGUGGCUCUAAAGGAGAUCCACCUCGAUAGCGAGGAGGGAACACCCUCAACCGCGAUCCGCGAAAUCAGUUUGAUGAAGGAACUUAAACACGAGAAUAUCGUUUCGCUCCACGAUGUGAUACACACCGAAUCCAAGCUUAUGCUGGUUUUUGAAUUCAUGGAUCGGGAUCUCAAGAAGUACAUGGAUUACCGCGGCGACCGCGGGGCUCUUGACUACGUUACGAUCAAGUCUUUCAUGCACCAGCUCCUCCAGGGGAUCGCCUUUUGCCACGAUAACCGCGUUUUGCACAGGGAUCUGAAGCCGCAAAACCUUCUUAUCAAUAACAAAGGGAUGCUCAAACUUGCCGAUUUCGGCCUUGCCAGAGCCUUUGGUAUCCCGGUUAACACCUUCUCAAACGAAGUUGUAACUUUAUGGUACCGUGCGCCGGAUGUACUCCUUGGCUCCAGGACAUACAACACAAGUAUAGAUAUCUGGUCCGCAGGGUGCAUCAUGGCCGAAAUGUACACCGGAAGACCGCUCUUCCCCGGGACCACCAACGAGGAUCAAUUGCAGAAGAUAUUCCGUCUAAUGGGAACCCCCUCCGAGCGCUCCUGGCCUGGGAUCUCACAGUACCCGGAGUACAGAAAUAAUUUCCACAUCUACGCUACCCAGGACCUCCGCAUGAUCCUUCCGCAGAUUGACCCUAUGGGCCUAGACCUGCUGAGCCGAAUGCUGCAAUUGAGACCCGAAAUGAGAAUUAGCGCCAAGGACGCUCUCAGGCACCCCUGGUUCGCUGAUCUAAAGCAACUCCGCGCAGGUAUCAUGCAAGGUCAACAGCAAGCAGGUGCAGAGAGGGCAAGGUUGGAGGCAGCUGCAAGGGCGCAACAGCAGCAGGGGAUGGGGAUAGGCGGUGGUAUGGGAGGACCGGUUUACUAGGAGAGGGUUGCGACUACGGUUUCACUAUGGUUCUGAUAAGGGUAUUAGAUGGUCCCGGGAUCUCUGGCGUUGUCCAGGACGUAUGGGUGGUUUUGAAGGGAGUUCUUUGGGGGCUUGUGCUAUUUCUGUUGUUUGCUCAGGAUCUCUUUCCUUCCAUCACUUCACUUCCUCUUUCCCCUAGGCGCACUUUCCAUCCCUCCUUAGUUUGAUUUUAUAUCUCCAUCCCUAUUGUAUUUCUGUUUGGUGGAGUGUUUUGCUCGAAUCUCACUUUCGUGUUUGCUCUUCCACCCAUGCUAUGUUUCCGGGCUUACCCCUUGCCAGUCCUAUUGUGAACCUUCCCUGGCAGGGAUUGCCCACCUUGGAACAAGGGGCAGGGAAAAAAGAAAAAAGAAGGUGGGUAGUGUUGGCUUCCUGGGCCGCGGUUAUUUGUUAGGCAUGUAAAGUUAGCUUUCGCUUGUUAUUUUCAUUUGUUUCCCCACGACUGUGAUCUGGGGGCUAGGGAUAUUCCGGAAAGGGGGGAAUAAAAUUAUGAGAAACGAUACUUAUUCUACG